GGGCGCGGCCUCGUGCCUGGGCGGGCGCGGCGGUUGCUGGUCCCGGGCGGCCCGGCGGGUGGCCUCGUCGCGUCCCCCGAGCAGCGAGCCGGAGCCCGGCCUACCUCGCAGGGCUGCCAGGGCUGCCGGAGCAGGGAACACCUCAAGCAGCAGCACCAGGAUGAGUGUCGAAGCGAGCAGCAAGCCCCUGAAAGUGGGGUCCAGAGUGGAGGUCAUUGGGAAGGGGCACCGUGGGACAGUGGCCUAUGUGGGGGCCACCCUGUUCGCCACCGGGAAGUGGGUCGGCGUCAUCCUGGAUGAAGCGAAGGGCAAGAACGACGGCACCGUGCAGGGAAGGAAGUACUUCUCCUGCGAUGAGAACCGCGGCAUCUUUGUGAGACAGUCACAGAUCCAGGUUUUUGAUGAUGGCGCAGACACCACAUCCCCAGAAACACCAGAGUCUUCCACGUCAAAGGUCCCCAAGAGAGAUUCCUCAGAAGGUCCCAAGGCAAGCAAGCUGACCACCACCCGGAGGCCCAAGCCCACCCGGACAGCCAGCGCGGCGGCAGCAUCCAGUGGCGCCGUGGGACUCUCUGGCUCGGCCUCGGCCUCGACUGGCGAGAUGAGCAGCAGCGAGCCAAGCACGCCUGCCCAGACCCCUCUGGCGGCCCCCGUGGUUCCCACCCCGUCUCUGGCCUCUCCGGUGGCUCCUCCAGCAGUCCUGUCACCCACCAAGGAGGAGGAGAAUUUGCGCGGCCAGGUGCGAGAUCUAGAGGAGAAACUGGAGACCCUGAAGAUGAAGCGGAACGAAGACAAAGCCAAGCUGAAGGAGCUGGAGAAGUACAAGAUCCAGCUGGAGCAGGUGCAGGAGUGGAAGAGCAAGAUGCAGGAGCAGCAGGCCGAGCUGCAGAAGCGCCUGAAAGAAGCCAAGAAGGAGGCCAAAGAGGCCCUGGAAGCCAAGGAUCACUACGUGGAGGAGAUGGCCGACACGGCCGACGCCAUCGAGAUGGCCACGCUGGACAAGGAGAUGGCCGAGGAGCGAGCGGAGUCCCUGCAGCAGGAGGUGGACUCCCUGAAGGAGAAGGUCGAGGACCUCACCAUGGACCUGGAGAUCCUGAAGCAUGAGAUCGAGGAGAAGGGUUCGGAUGGGGCUGCCUCCAGCUACCACGUCAAGCAGCUAGAAGAGCAGAAUGCCCGGCUGAAGGAGGCGCUCGUGAGAAUGAGGGACCUGUCGGCCUCGGAGAAGCAGGAGCACGUGAAGCUGCAGAAGCACAUGGAGAAGAAGAACUUGGAGCUCGAGUCCCUGCGCCAGCAGAAGGAGAAGCUGCAGGAGGAGCUGAAGCAGGCCGAGAGGACCACGGAUGAGCUGAAGGAGCAGGUGGACGCUGCUCUGGGGGCUGAGGAGAUGGUGGAGACGCUGACCGAGAGGAACCUGGACCUCGAGGAGAAGGUCCGGGAGCUCCGGGAGACGGUCGGAGACCUGGAAGCCAUGAAUGAGAUGAAUGACGAGCUGCAGGAGAACGCCCGGGAGACGGAGCUGGAGUUGCGGGAGCAUCUGGACAUGGCCACGGCGCGGGUCCGCGAGGCGGAGAAGCGGGUGGAGGCCGCACAGGAGACGGUGGCGGACUACCAGCAGACCAUCAAGAAGUACCGGGAGCUGACCGCCCAUCUGCAGGAUGUCAACCGCGAGCUGAUGAGCCAGCAAGAGGCGUCGGCGGAGAGGCAGCAGCAGCCUCCUCCCGAGAUGUUUGACUUCAAGAUUAAAUUUGCAGAGACCAAAGCCCACGCCAAGGCCAUCGAGAUGGAGCUGCGGCAGAUGGAGGUGCAGCAGGCCAACCGGCACGUCUCCCUCCUCACCGCCUUCAUGCCGGGCAGCUUCCUGCGGCACGGCGGGGACCACGACUGCCUCCUGGUGCUCCUGCUCAUCCCACGCCUCAUCUGCAAGGCCGAGCUGAUCAGCAAGCAGGCCCAGGAGAAGUUCGAGCUGAACGAGAGCUGUGCGGAGCGGGCCGGCCUGCGAGGGGCGCCGGGGGAGCAGCUGAGCUUCGCCGCGGGGCUGGUGUACUCCCUCAUCCUCCUGCAGGCGGCGCUGCACAAAUACGAGCAGGCGCUGAACAAGUGUGACGUGGACACAUACAAGAAGGUGGGGACGCUUUAUCCCGAGAUGAGCGUGCACGAGCGGUCCCUGGACUUCCUGAUCGAGCUGCUGCACAAGGACCAGCUGGACGAGACCGUCAACGUGGAGCCCCUGACCAAAGCCAUCAAGUACUACCAGCACCUGUACAGCAUCCACCUGGCUGACCAAGCAGAGGACUGCACCACGCAGCUGGCAGACCACAUCAAGUUCACCCAGAGUGCCCUGGACUGCAUGAGCGUGGAGGUGGCCAGGCUGCGGUCCUUCCUGCAGGUCGGGCAGGAGGCCUCCGACUUGGCCAUCCUGCUGAAGGACCUGGAGACCUCGUGCAGCGACAUCCGGCAGUUCUGCAAGAAGAUCAGGCGCCGCAUGCCGGGCACCGAGGCCCCCGGCAUCCCCGCGGCACUCAGCUUCGGACAGCAGGUCGCGGACACGCUGCAGGACUGCCGCAAGCACCUGACGUGGGUCGUGGCGGUGCUGCAGGAGGUGGCGGCCGCCGGGGCGCAGCGGAUCGCCCCCCUGACGGAGAACGAGGGCCUCCAGGCGGCCAAGCUGGAAGACCUGGCCUUCAAGGCCAGUGAGCAGAUCUACGGGGUGCCGGGCGUGAGCCCCUACGAGUGCCUGCGCCAGUCGUGCAGCAUCCUCGUCGCCACCAUGAACAAGAUGGCCACGGCCAUGCAGGAGGGCGAGUACGACGCGGACAAGCCCCAGGCGAAGCCCCCUUCGCCCGUGGAUCUGCGGGCGGCUGCGCUGCGGGCGGAGAUCACAGACGCCGAGGGGCUGGGGCUCAAACUGGAGGACCGGGAAACCGUCAUCAAGGAGCUGAAGAAGUCGCUCAAGAUCAAGGGGGAGGAGCUGAGCGAGGCCAACGUGCGCCUCAGCCUCCUGGAGAAGAAGCUGGACAGCUCCUCCAAGGACGCGGACGACCGAGUGGAGAAGAUCCAGACCAAGCUGGACGAGACCCAGGCGCUGCUGCGGAAGAAGGAGAAGGAGUUCGAGGAGACGAUGGACGCUCUGCAGGCAGACAUCGACCAGCUGGAGUCGGAGAAGCUGGAGCUGAAGCAGCGGCUCAGCAGCCAGUCCAAGCGCACCAUCGAGGGCCUGCGGGGCGCCCCCCCCUCCGGCAUCGCCUCCGUCAUCUCCGGCAUCACGGGAGAAGAGCAGCAGAGAGGCAUGGCUGCUGGCCAGGUGAUGAUGGGCGCGGCAGGCCCCGUGCAGGUGAAGGACUCCCCGCUCCUCCUCCAGCAGAUCGACGCCCUGCAGCUCUCCGUCAAGCACCUCAAGAACGAGAACAACCGGCUCAAGGGAGCUCAGAUGCGGAGGGAGUUGGCCUCGCUCUCGCCCCUGCACGUGCCCAAGCUCUCCCUCCCCAAGGACAGGCAGGGGGAUGAGGCGGUCUCCAGCUCCCUGUACCGCAAGACCAGCCAGCUGCUGGAGACCCUCUACCAGAUGAGCGCCAAUGCCACGGUGGUGGACAUCACCCGGCAGAGGACAGCGGCCAGCCCUGCAGCCCAGCUCCUGGAGCAGACGGCCCGCCUGAAAUCGCUGAGCGAAGCCGUUGAUAAACUGAAGGACGAAGUCCUGAAAGAGACCGUCCUCCAGCGCCCCGGAGCGAAUGUCCCCUCUGCCUUCGGCACCUUCCCGUCGGCACCUUUCCUGAAGGCCAAAGAGGAACAGAAGAGCGACACGGUCUACGUCGGCAAAGUGACCUUCCCCUGCCAGCCGGGCCACGGCCAGGUGCACAGGCUGGUCCUGACGCCGGAGCAGCUGCACAAGGUCCACGCCCGGCUCAUCUCCUAGGCGCCCCCCCGCUUCCUCUGCCGCCUCGCUUGCCACACUCCCCCCACUCCCGCAUCUCUGCACCUGCCCGUGCUCCGUGCACCCGGAUGGCGCCCCCACAGCUGGGCAGGCAGGGGCCCUCCACCCACUCGCUGUCCCUCUUGAUGCUGAACGCGGCCGGGUCUCAGGCCAGGCCCUCCUCUCUGCCGCGCGCCUGGUGCUUCCUCCUCCACCGCCUGUCCUGAGGCAGCCACAGGGCCAGAGCCAAGCAGCAGGCACAAAGCCCGGGGAGCACCCUGCUCUUCCCAGGUGCAUUUGGGCUGUGGGGAAGAGGCGCCAGACCGCCCUGACCCACACAGUUCAGCAGCAGCUGCCCAUGUAAACCACCGAGCGCCCCGCUGCUGCUGCUGGGCGAUGCCACGUGGGGCUCCACAGCGAAAGGACCGGGCGUGGGGGAGAGCCUCCCUGCGGCGGGCUGGAAAGACCGGUGUGUCUGGCCUCCUCAAAGCACGUGUCUGGGGAAGGGAGUCCCCUCCUGCCUCAGCGCUACACGCGUCGCAAUGCCGAGCUCAGCGCCUCUGUCCCUGCGCCAGCCCCUCUGGGGGCCCGUCCUCAGUGCUUUCAGGCAGAGGGAGCGAGAAGCACCUCCUGCUGGGAGGAGAGGGAUCCGGGCCCGAGACCCGUAAGCCUGUUAGGACCGAAAUGCUCUCGCAUGUUGAAUUCUGUGAGCUCAAGACAAAUAAACUAACUUAAACUGAA